CACGUUUAUAUGCACCUAGUAUUGUCGGGUGUGCCAUGGCCGCCCAAGGAAAGACGAUGCGCCAGGCAGUAAACGGUUUCGUGCCCCAACGAUCAAAAUUCCAGGCGAGCUCCAUAUCAUGCCAAAUUUUUUGUUAUAUGUGUUUCAUACGACAGGCUCCAUACAUAGACGAUUUGCAUUAAUCCGCUGCCAAUUUUGCCCUGGCGUCGAUCAACAUGUUAACUAGAAGCCUUCGACGCAAAGGGCCCAACGUGUCCAAUACCGAUACCCGCUCGAAUAGUGUUGAUUCAUUCCCCCACAGCACAGCCGCUAUCCUCGUGGGCGAUGGCACAGACGAUCCCAGGGGACCGCUAGGGUUGCACGUCCUUCAUUCUCCAGCUGAACCCCUAGCUGAACUGAUAUUCGUCCACGGCCUUGGCGGUGGCUCUAGGAAAACAUGGAGUAAAGAAAGUUCUUCAGCGCACUUCUGGCCAAAGGAGUGGCUGUCCAAAGACACAGGGUUCAAGAAUGUACGAAUCCAUACUUUUGGGUACAACUCUGACUGGGCCAAGAGCAAGGAAAAUUUUCUGAACGUCCAUCACAUCGGCAAGUCCUUUCUCAGUGAGAUGAGUACUUCGCCUUAUCUAGACGGGGCAGGCAUCCCAAUCGUGUUCGUGGGCCAUGACUUGGGGGGCUUGGUCAUCAAGAAGGCCUAUAUGCUGGCAAAGAAAGACGCGUCAUAUGAAAAGCUCUCCAGGUGUUUUCAGGCCAUAUUCUUCCUCGGAACACCCCACCGAGGCUUGGAUGGGGCAAAAGUACUGAAUAAUAUCAUUCACGUCGCCUACUCACGUGCCUACGCUACAGAUCUGGAGCGUAAAUCGGCGGCCAUACAGUCGAUCAAUGAUGAGUUUCGCCAUUUUUCUGCCGAUAUUCAACUGUGGUCAUUCUACGAGACCCAAAAACUGAGCAUUGGCCUUUUCAGUUCUCUUGUUGUUAACCCUGAAUCAGCCACCCUCGGAUACCGAGAAGAAAAGCAAAUGCCUAUGAAUGCUGACCAUCAAUCCAUCUGCAAGUUUGAGUCUCCGAGUGAUCCAAACUACCUGAUAAUUCGCAAUGCCCUUGCAUCUGCAGUCAAUGGUCUGAUCAGGCCAGUUUUCGUUGAGCAAGCGGACGCGAGUCGGGACCAACUUCAGGCCCUUGAAAGUUAUCUCAGCGUGUCUCAGACGUGGCAAAAUGAUCUCGUCACUGUCGAGGAUGCUCGCAUGUCUGGCACAUGCGAGUGGCUUGCGGCCAACAAGGCUUUCUUAGAGUGGGCAGACGAAAGUAUGGAUUCCCCGAAAAUCUUGUGGAUCAACGGAAAGCCUGCAGCUGGUAAAUCCGUAUUGGCAGGUUUCGUGAUCGAUCAAGUUCAAAAGCAUAGCUUGAAUUGCAGCUAUUACUUCUUCAAGCACGGCGACAAGUCCAAGUCACGGUUGAGUUAUUGUCUACGCUCAUUGGCUUUCCAAAUGGCCUCUACCGAUGCCCAGGUGCGAAAGGUCCUGGUAGCCAUCCAAAGGGAAGGCAUCAAACUUGAUGACAAUGAAAGCAUGAUAUGGCACACCUUGUUCUUAUCAAGAAUAUUCAAAGUGCAAACAUCUCGGCAUUACUGGGUUAUUGAUGCUUUAGAUGAAUGCUCUGACGCAAUCUCGUUGUUGGAUCCCAUGUUGAUGAAAUUGGACAACUCGAUACCGCUACGCAUCAUGAUGACCAGCCAACAAACACCAGAGCUAGAGAAGAAUUUCUCCAUGGUGGGUAAACAUCGCUUUGCAGCAGAAAGCAUACCAGCAGCAAACACACUCACUGAUAUCAGGGUUCUUGUAGAAGCCCGGGCAAGUUCUCUGGUGGUCAAAGACGAUGAUGACCGCACACGCUUGGUGGAGAAAAUACUCCAAAAGUCGAGCGGGUCUUUCUUAUGGACCACGUUGGUUUUGAAGGAGCUCUCGGGUUCUCAUAGCGAGACGGAAAUCAACCGGGUGCUUGAAGAUAUGCCGCUGGGCAUGAAACCAUUAUACGAACGCGUUCUGGAAGCAAUGACGCAAGCUUCACGGGGGACAAGGAUAUCAAAAGCCAUCCUCACUUGGACAGCUUGCUCCACGCGUCCAUUGACCACGAGGGAGCUCGAAGGAGCUCUAAAGCUGGACGUCAAUGGUAACUUCCUGAAGCUGGAUGAGACCAUAGCAGCGUUUUGCGGCCAACUCGUGACCGUCGAUAAGUUUGGCAAAGUUCGUUUGAUUCACGAAACGGCCAGGGGAUAUCUUUUCGACGGUGAUCUUCAAUCAGAAUUCAAAAUCGAUAAGACAGAGGCACAUACCCGGAUUGCCAGAGCAUGUCUAGCGUAUCUCAACGGGCAAGAGAUGAAGCCUCCUCGAACUGCCAGAAGGGGAGCCAAUGCAAGCAGUUCAAACACCAGAACUGAGUUCUCGAAAUACGUUUUUUCAGAAUUCGCAUAUCAUCUGGCCAAAGCUGAUUCCUUGGAUGACGGGGUGUUGGAACUCACUGAGAAGUUUUUAAAAUCGAAUAUUCUAUCAUGGAUCGAGGCAGUGGCGCAAACGCAAAAUCUCAGUCCCUUGAUUAGGGCUUCAAACCAUCUCAAGACAUACCUCAAUGCCCGCGCAGGGGGCAGAUUGCCAUUGGGGCCUCCCCUGCAAACCAUUAGAGGCUGGACUAUAGACCUUAUUCGCAUUGCGGCAAAAUUUUCCGACGCACUCAAAACAUCCCCCUCGGCUAUUUUCACUCUUAUUGCGCCAUUCUGCCCAUCUGAGUCAAUGAUACACAAGCUUAGCAGGUAUGGCCGACGACUGUCAGUCAGGGGCAUCUCAAACAAUCAUUGGGACGACCGACUAUCUUCCAUGGACUUUCGACAGUCGCAAGCGAGCGCAGUCUGUUACGGGGAGGAGUUCUUGGCUGUUGGCCUGAUUACGGGCACGAUUGCCUUAUACCACGCGGCGACUUGCCAGGAAUACAAAACCCUGAUCCACGGCGAGACAGUCAAGUUCCUUACAUUCAAGAAGAACACAAGCCUGAUGGUGUCCAGCGGGAUGAGAGUGAUCCGGGUCUGGGAUACACGAAGCAGUGCCUUGAUUCAUGAGUUCGAGGCACCCCGGAGACCCAUGGCAGUUGCUUUUGACGAUGAUCUUCUAUUGGUGGCUUCUUCUAAAAACUUCUUGGAAUCUUGGGACUUGGGAAACAAUGGAGAACACCAAACACCGAAGGCAUGGAACAACUGCGAUGAAUUCCUCGGUAAACCACUGCGCUCUCCACCAUCCGCGAUUUCAAUGUCUAUGAGCCACAGGAUGAUGGCAGUGGCCUAUAGUGGACAACCCAUAACGCUAUGGGACCUUGAAGAAGAAGCUUAUUACGGGAGCUCGGGCAAGAAACUGGAAAAUGGGGCCACUUGUACCCACCCGAUCACAGCGCUGUGCUUCAAUCCCAAUCCCGAUAUUGAACUGCUCGCAGUCUCUUACCUGGACGGGACUCUGGUGCUUCUGAACCCUUUUGAUGACCUGGAGUUGGAUAGGUCUCAUGCCAAUUGUCACACGCUAGCAUCAAGCGCCGAUGGUCGCCUUCUAGCCGGAGGCGCUGGUUUCGGAAUACUCCACAUCUAUGAAUUCGCCACACUGAAACUACUAUAUCAGGUCAGGUCAGAAAACUUCCACAUUAAACAGAUCUCGUUCAACAGAAGUGGUCUUCAUCUUGCCGAUAUCCGGGGAUCCCAGUGCAACGUCUGGGAGCCAGGGGUAUUACUACGGGAUGCUGUAGCCGAUGACAGCAGCGACGGCUCCUCUGGUUCCACAGUGGAGGCGAUCACUUCAAAUAGAAAAAACCGAAUCAGUGCCAUGGCCAUAAACACCGGCGGCGAGGUAGUCUUCUGCGCGAAAGAUGACGGCUCCGUCUCUCUGUACGACAGAAAGACCGGUGCCCACUUUCGAACGCUUUAUCGCCACAAGUCAGCAGUCCGUUUUCUUUCGUGGUGGUCGCGCCAAGGUAUAAUAUUGAGCAUCAAUGCAUCCAACGGGGUUUUGGCCUGGCGCAUCGGCAAGCACCCCUACGAUGGAUGGGUUACGAAAGAAGCGUUGGUACAAUCGCGUCUCGAUGUGGACAGGGCCAUCAUACAAGUUUUUCACGGGGAAGCUAGAGACAAGUUCGUCUUGGCUACCAGGGAGUCUGAUCAUCUCUGGAGCCUUGAUGGCAAGCAGGAGCAGGUGCAGACUAGACAAGAUCGACCAUGGACCCAGAGAUGGGCUCCACACCCACGAUCUGAGGAACAUGCGAUCUGCUUCGACGGGACUGAAGCUCGAAUUUUAUGCUGGGAAGAUUGGUCAGAAGUGACUCGUAUUUCACUGAUAAUCCCUUUAUUGGAGUUUCAGCCAAAGAGCGUGAGCUUUCAUGGCAACGGCACAGCACAAAAGAUAUUGAUGGAGACCGGCGAAGCAGGUGACUCGGCGAGGAUGAGCAGUUUGUUUCUUUUCGACAGUGAUGCCUUCGACAUUCAAGGAGCAGGACAAAAUGCUACUACGAAGACUGCGAGGUCGACUUUCUCGACGUCAAUGAGCACAAUCUCAGACCAUGUCGCCCACAUUAUUGGAGUUAGCGAUGCCGGAAGGAUGGUGUUUCUAGAUAAGCAGUCUUGGGUCUGCUCCGUCGAGCUUCAGAGUCUAGGCGCAAGCCCACCGACACAGUUAAGACAUUUCUUCGUCCCAUACGAUUGGUUUUCUGGGGAACGCGGCAUUACGUGCGCUGUUUCACAGCGGGACAUCUUAUUUGGGCAUAAUGACGAACUCGCCAUCGUCAAAGGGGGGCUUGAAUAUGCGGAGAACGUGAGCGUGGAAGAGGGCCUGUUGAGCGUAUCUGCACUGAACAUAGACUACCGUUGAUUGGUGUGUUGGGCUCUCGACGAUACUAUCUUGCAUCUUGCCAUUUUUAUGAGCAGGGUUGUCUCAUUUUCUUUACCUGAAGAGUUAGCUUUGGAGUUAUUCCUAGAAGCCAUCAUCAUCUCCAUGGGUCACGUUAUUGAAGGCUCCAAACUGGCGAUGAGUAUUUCACGGGUGUGAGGUUUGGUUGGUAGCAUUGAAGGAUUAGCGUGGCGAAUAGUAUUAUAUUUUCUUAGUUUUCAAUGAUGACAGUUUUGAAGGC